AAUGAUACGUCUGUCUCUGUCUAGAGGCUAUCUUCAACUUGACCUUUUAUUAUACUUGUAUUCAUUCUUAAAGUGUAAUGCGUAGGAGAUGCUCGUUUUAUUAAAAAUAAUAAGGAAAUAAGUGAAAUAUUAGUGAAUAUACUUUUAAAAUGCUCAGAGCCCUCCUGCUAGCGACAACCCUAGUGCUCACACAGCAGCAGACACCCCUAUCACCAUGCCCGAACGUGUUCAGUUACGAGCCACCAGGAACGGAGCCCGGCCGGUGGUACGGAGUGGUGAAUCUGUCCACGGACAGCAUACUACACUCAUUGUGGAUCAACGUUGUGCUGGACAGCAAAGCUGAUAUACUAGGAAACUGGGUCGGCGACGUAACAACCACAGACAACACAGACUUCAAAAUAGAAAACACAAAGAUGAAAAUCCAUCCCGGCCCCGCGACCGCCGUGCGAUUUUUCGUCCAAUACAACCCUUUAAAUAAGGCCCCAAAGUUACAAGUCAUACGGCUGAAUGGAAGAGAAAUAUGCAAUGCUAAUAAUCCACAGCCGGCAAUUGAUAGGCCUGAUGAGAGGCGGACGACGGCCAGGCCUCUAAGGCCGGAUGAUUCUCAGUCCAGGCCUGUACUAAGGCCGGAUGAUUCUCAGUCCAGGCCUGUACUAAGGCCGGAUGAUUCGGCCAGGCCUGUAGUAAGGCCAGAUAAUAUUCCUCAAGCCAAGCCUGUUCAGGGGCAACAGGCGGGGGCAGGGCCGGUGUAUUCGUCGACGCAGGGCCCACCGCAGAACCCGGUUAAUCUUAAUAUGAACGACUAUUUCUCAGGCGGGCAACCUACGUUCAUCGUCCCAAGCAGGCCUAACAACAACAACAAUAAUAACAACAAUAACAAUAGAGGGCAGGCGGAAUGUGGCAAGGUGGUGCGAAACAACCCUAACCCGUUGGUUGUGAACGGUCGUCCAACUCUGGAGGGGCAGUGGCCGUGGCAAAUAGCGUUAUACCAAACACAGACUGUCGACAACAAGUACAUCUGCGGCGGCACCCUCGUAACUCGCAGCCACGUGAUCACUGCCGCUCACUGCGUUACCCGCAAGGGCUCCAGUCGUGUGGUCAACCAGAACACACUUACUGUUUAUUUGGGCAAGCACAAUCUUAGGACGUCUGUUGAAGGCGUACAGAUAAAGCUGGUCUCUGAGAUUCGAGUACACCCUCAAUACAACGCGUCAUCCUACAGCCGGGACGUCAGCGCACUCAAGCUUAGAGAACGGGUUACUUACAGCGAGUUCGUGCGUCCCGCGUGCCUCUGGCCAGACAAUGAAGUGGAUCUGUCGAAUGUCAUAGGGAAGAAAGGAUCGGUGGUGGGCUGGGGCUUCGAUGACAAGGGCGUAGCCACCGAAGAGCUGACCCUCGUGGAGAUGCCGGUGGUAGACCAGGAGACCUGCAUCAGAUCCUACAGCGAGUUCUUCGCUCGCUUUACUUCAGAGUACACUUUUUGUGCCGGUUACAAAGAUGGAGCCGUCGAUAAAAGAACAGGCACUAGGAAAAGCAGCUCAGUAUGCAACGGCGACAGCGGCGGCGGAAUGGUGUUCUUAAUGCGCAAUUCCUGGUACCUACGCGGGCUCGUGUCGUUGUCCGUCGCGCGACACAACGAGUACCGGUGCGACCCGACGCAUUACGUCGUGUUCACGGACUUGGCCAAGUUCCUGCCGUGGAUCCAGCAGAAUAUUAGCGACGAAUAGUAGUUAGGCAAUUGCUUGUUUAAAUUUAGGGUCAUUUAACCCUUUUAACGCAACGCCUAUCAUGUACGGCGCGUUAUUGUGCACCUUUUCGGAAUGCACGAAGGUAGAAGUAGAAGGUAAGAUAUUAGGCUGUAGCCGCUGUUAGUUGAUGUCUUUGGCGGUGAACGGGUUAAGUAAAGUUCACGCCCUUACAAACUCUAAAACCACCUAAAAUAGUCCAGAACAGCAACUACCGUCCAAAGACAGUUUUGAACGAUUCACGGUUAGUUUUACUAGACUUAUGUUGACCGGGAUAUGGACCGAUUACCUUUUGUAUUGUUUUCGAGCUCCCGAUAUUUCGACGCAGUCACAUGCAUCUUCACCCACCCCACCCGCUAUCUUCGGUUACCCGUGAACAAGAUGCAUAUAACUGCGUCGAAAUAUCGGGAGCUCGAAAAAAAUAGAAAAGGCAAUCACAGUCCAUAUACCGGUCAUUAUAAGUCUACCGUCCAAAGGUUUAAAAAAAUCUGUCAAUUCUGAAUGUUUGUUUGGUUUUCGAGGUUGUAGACAUAGUGACAUCAUUUUCAGUAGGACCUAUGCCUAUAGUCAACUCACGGAGUAUGGCGACGGGUUAAAUAAAUACCAUACUAUUUCAGGAUUGUAUGCCUCAAGUGAAGUGACGAGCAGGCCUUAUGGCUGAUUGAUUUAACCGUGUUACUUAAUUUUUAAAAUUGUGCGUUAUCGAAACAAAGAGCAUCUAAUAUCAAUAUUACCAAUUAUCUUAUUUUCAUAUCUACUAAAUUGCUGUAUGUACAGGGGGCCCAUUUUUGAAUUUCGACCGGUCAAUUUAGUGUUUUUCGUUCAAUAAUAUCUUCACUACUAUGCAUUUAAAUUCUAGUAAUAGAAUUAAAAACGGGUGGUUUAUUAACCACCAAUAAUAGAUUCCCAAUUUCUAUUGCUCGUAUUUCAAAAAUUAGCAUUUCACCGAUUUUCGAGUGACGAAAUCGAGCGAUCAAAAAUCACACCCCAGAUCGUACAAGGUGCGGAAAGUUAUCAAAAAAUUGUCUGGUUUACUAAUAUUUUCUGGACUGCAUUUUUUUUCUCCAAAAUGUCUGUUCUCCAUAAAGAAAUGCGAGAUGUUUCCGAACCACCAUGUGGAAAAUGCUGUGUGGAAGUCAAAGCUUGUAUGUUUCUCAUCUCCUUGAAAAGAUCUUUAUCUCCUUUAUGAAAUGAAAUAUGUGAACCGAAUGCAAUCUAAAGGGGCCCACUGAUUACCAGUCCGCCAGACGAUAUCGG